AUGCGAUCCCAAGCUGUACGUAUCUUCAGGACUACUCUUAGGCACCGUGCCCUCGUUCAACCUUCCGCCCUACCCCGACCUCACUCUACUUCCGCCCGUCCGACACCAGGUUCGAAAGUACUCCGAGCAGCUCCGACGAUCCCAUUCUUGGGCGCCUUCUUCAGCUCAAACAAACCAAGCGAAUCAACAGAAAGCAUGUCGUAUCCUGAUCAGCGUAGUGAAGCCGAGUGGAGGGCGGUUCUGAGUCCCGAACAGUUCCGGAUCCUUCGUGAGAAAGGCACUGAGCGCCCUGGCACCGGUGAAUAUGACUCCCACUCCCCGUCGAAGGGUGUGUAUAACUGCGCCGGUUGCAACGCGCCGCUGUACAAGGCCGACCACAAAUUCAAAUCUGGCUGUGGCUGGCCUGCUUACUUCGACUCAAUUCCUGGCGCUGUGAAGAGACAUGUGGAUAACACAUUCGGUAUGAAGCGCACGGAAAUUACUUGCAGCAACUGCGGAGGUCAUCUCGGCCAUGUCUUCGAGGGCGAAGGAUAUCCGACCCCGACCGAUGAGCGUCACUGUGUGAAUAGUGUUAGUCUGCGAUUUACCGAGGAUGAAGGGACUACCGAGGAAUCCAAGUAG